AAGCACAUCUAUAAAUGCCAAUAUUCCCCCCUUUUUGCUACCUUACUGCCACUGAAGUACCACAUGGCCUCUUUGUUAUCUACUUAUAUAUCACUUAACCAUCAUCACAUAUCUCUAGUAGAUAGCACAAGAGGCAGACGUCAGUGCUGUGGAUUUCCACAGUUGCCAAACGUGAGGGAAACAACGCCGAACUUAGCUCAAGUUUCCUGUUUCUCGAGUCUACUAUACGGGCUUUAUAAUAUACAUGGUGUACAUGAACCACGCGGCAGCAACCCGUAAUUCUUUCUACUUACAUGAUAUACUAGAUAAGACAUACUGAAUCCAUAACUUGUUUUCUAUGGACUUUAUUGUAUAUAUUUGAUAGUAAAUAUAAAGGGAGUUUAUAGUGUAGUGUUUAGAGUGGGGAGUUUAUUAAUCGGACGAGGAGUUUGUAUUGCCAGAGAUGUUGUUGGCCAACAGAAUGUCACAGAUCGAACUCAACUGAUUGAAAAUCAACAAUCGACCACUUUUUCCAUCCUAUGGGAUUACUUGGGUGGCUGGCGUAGAUUUUGAGUGACACCAAAGCUGACAGACUUGGUCCAAUCAACUGCCAGACAAUUCACGAAGCGCACGUUCGCUUCUCGAGCUUGAGUGGUAGUCAGAUUGAAAGCCAUACCGUGUCAAUAACAAGCUUGGAUACACAUCAACGACCAAGCUUGUCACUGCCAAUACUUGUAGAAAAGUUGUAAAAGGGAAGUUGUGGAAAUUAGUUCUGUUCAGUUAGAAUUUCCAUACCAGCGUGAAACCCUCCUUAGCAGUACCUGACAAAGUUUUCUCGACAAGUUAUUUUCUCCCAUGUUUAUAUAUAUCUACAGUCUUUAGUUCAGAACGGAAAGUUAUACACUCGAGAGUAUCGCUCUAGUUGUAGGAUGGAUCUCGAUUAUUGAUUUCGGGGAGGAGUGAAUAACCAGUUCGACAAGUUCGGCAAAGCUCAUUCACAAACAAUACUGAGCGGUUGUCAAUUAGGACUUUAAGUGUUAUUACACUGGGCAAUUUACAGGAAUUAAGUGGUGUUAUAAUUUACGAGUGUCUGUUACAGCAGUCGCCUGCAAUGAUAAAAGCAAACGAUCGAAUUUGACAUAAGAGAGGGGAAAAGAAAACAUACACAGGCCAAUCAAUCGAGUAAUGAAACUUUGAUUCUUAUCUAUGGAUUAAUGGAUUAUUGUGAUUAAAUAAACAGAUAAUUAGAAAAAUAUCAUAUACCAUGAGGAUGAAGUACGGGUAUUUUGUACAGAUUUCAGUAUUGUUUUGGACAAUAGGGAGUACAGCAGCAGGUGGCAGAACGUCAAUAGUAACCCUCAGUCGCUGUCGGGUAGAAUGCAUAAAAAAUCACACAAAACCCCCACUGACAGCUGAUGGUAAAACCCCACUGACAACUGAUGGUAAAACCUGUACAUAUACACCAGAUUGUCAUUAUUGCUGGAUAUUAUGUAUGAGAUUAUUUGAAAGUUAUAUUGUUUGGGGACCAACAUGCACGGAUGAUCGAGUUUGUACACCUGGGUGUAAAACUGCGUGUAAAUUUAGACAAGCUAGACCCAAGGUCACGCCCAGUCAUUUACAUUGGCAGUUUCCUGAAGAUGUCAUAGUUAAAGCCGAUUCUUUAAACACCUUGAUCACAUGGCCUCGCCCGACACCCGAUGGUCCGGAAACGUCACCAUCACCCUUUGUGUAUACAUUACUAGCUAGAAACACAUCAUGGAUAGAUAAAUCAUGGCAUCAGUAUGCACAGCAAAUAUCCGAAGAAGUGUCCAUAAAAACUGACCAGCUUCCAUAUGCUCCGGAGUUCAAGCUAAUGGCGGUAAAUGACCAAGGCCUCGCAACGGAAAUGAAAUUCAAAGGCGAUAGCUACGUUUUUGGAAAGGUUUUCCCGCCAUUCGGAGGGUUACGAGAAGCUACGCCUGGCUCUAUGACAGUGGACACCCAUUACAACAUUACCUACAAUAUUACUGAACUGAAAAAUGGCAGAUUACAGCUCAAUGUGUCGUGGCUACAUCCACCAGAAGUAGCUGACAAGGUUAAACCUGUCCUGUACAACGUCAACUGGUUUUUAGACGAUUGUAAUGUAUUUGAUGGACCACCGCGGUGCGAUCAUCCUGUGGAACAUUACGAAAGAACAGUUGAAUUUGUUACAGAUCAGCAGUCUCAAUUGACAAUAACAGAACUGCUGUAUAAUACUCAAUAUACGAUACGAAUGGAGCUAUCAGACGACCCCGAAGUAAAUUCCUAUAUUGUUUUUACUACACCACAAUGUAUGACCCCGGAUGUGACGUUCAAGAAAUGUAUCAGAUUAACUCCAGAGGAGGAAGAGAAAGAGGAGAAAUUACUAGGAGAAAUGGAUAUGCUACUCUGGCAUUUAAAUGUGUCUUCCAUGACUUUGAAUUCGGAAACAGACACUGUGAAAAUAAAUGUCACGUGGAUGACGCCAUUUAACAAUUCAGCAGUGAAUUAUAGUUUAAUAUGGGAGAUGGAAGAUAAUCGAAAUUAUUUUCAGAUGGGCAGAGAAAAAACAUAUAAUGAUUUUUUCGUUCUAAUAGUUGAUCCCGAAAACAUUUACAGAGUUAGGGCUGAAGCUGGAUAUUUAUCUGAAGCAGGAGAACCAAGAAUAUUUGACAGUGAAUGGCUAUUCAUUAAUACUUCACGGAUUCUGUUGGAUAAUGAUGAUCAGGCUAUGUACAAAUCUAUGCAAGAAAGUAAUAUGCGUGAAACGCAAAAUGAGGAAUCUUUGGAAGGUGUUAUUAUAGCCGUUACUUGUGUCAGCUUUAUAGCCCUGGGAUUUAUAAUUUUCUUCAUUUACAAGAAAAGAAAAAGUUUCAAAGACAUUAUCAUCACCAAGUCGACAGUUGCUAAGAGUAACAGUUAUAAAUCCAAUGUGGGUGGUAAAUCUGAUUACUCGAAUCAACUGAUGGUGAUAAGUGAUGAGUGGGAACUAGAUCCUAAACAGCUCAAAUUCUGUGCACCAGUUGGUCAAGGUGCCUUUGGUAAAGUCGUCACUGGUUAUUUCAAUGAUAUGAAAGUUGCUAUCAAGCUCAUUAAAGAGGGCGCCCCAUUGUCUUAUAAAGAAGAUUUAGUCGCCGAAAUCAACUUAAUGAAGAAAAUUGGUCCGCAUCCAAAUAUCGUGUCCAUGAUAGGGGCGUGUACUUUAUUAGAACCUGUAGCUUUAGUGAUGGAAUUCUUACCUCGUGGUAAUCUACAAACGUUUUUAAAAAAAUGUCGAAUGGAAGGAGAUUUCAGAAAGGGAACGGAUGGACAAAGUGAAAUUAUUUAUUCUUUAGUUCAAGACACGGGAGGUAUAGACAAUGGGGUCAUCAUACCGGCUGAUAUGUUGAGCUUCGCUCGUCAGGUCGCCAUGGCAAUGGAAUAUUUGGCAGAAAAGAAAUAUGUUCACCGUGAUUUGGCAGCAAGAAAUGUACUAUUAGAUCAUAACAAAGUGGUAAAAGUCUGUGAUUUUGGACUGUCGAGGGAUAUAUACAAUGAUAAUGAAUACAAGAAGUUGACUAAUGGAAAAUUGCCUUUGAAAUGGAUGGCUAUUGAGUCGUUACGUGAUCGAAUUUUCACCACUUCUACAGACGUGUGGUCAUUUGGUAUACUACUGUGGGAGAUAGUUACUAUGGGUGCUUCUCCAUAUCCAAAUAUUGCUCUAGCCGAUUUAUAUUAUAUAUUAUCUAAUGGUUAUAGAAUGGAAAAACCUAGUAAUUGCUCAGACGAACUCUAUAGAAUAAUGCGACAGUGUUGGGAAGAUCAUCCAAGCGAUCGUCCAACAUUCCUAACUCUAAGAUUGAUGCUGGAAGAAUUACUGGAACAAGACUGCGAUUAUCUUCUCUUGGAUAAUAUCGACGUUCCCUUAAAUUUGUCUGAAAACAGCAGUAACCCUAUAGACAUUUCACAUCCCGGCGGAGGGGCGACCGCUGCCCGACCCCCAGUGUCGACACCACCACGCCCUGCUUACACAGUGCGGAGGGACAAAAAUCUGAAAGUGAACGUCUGUGUCCACGAUCAAUCAACGGAGAGACUGAUAUACCGACCAUCUGAGUCCGAUUCAACGUCCAGUCCAUGAUGACGGAUUCCUCACCCUCCUUGUUUGUUAAUCUAUUAUCUUUGUUGUGUAUAUAAUUGUUACACUGUGAUUUGAAAUAUUCACUGGACUGGACUCGGGACUUGUUAUAGCUAUGUGUUUUAUCUGGAACUGAAGUCGUCAGGGUUGUGUUUUAAUGAACCUGUGCCAUCCCUCCACAGAUAUUUUAUCAUUAUAACUAUUAUUAUUAUUGUGUUAGCCGAGGUGUUAAAUAUUGUGUUCAGUAUUAUAACGUGGUGUUUUUCUAAAAAAAAAAGUGAAAAAUUCUGCUUAUACUUUUUACGUAUUCUCGAAGUGCAAAAAUGACCUCUGGAAAAGGAAAACGUGUGUGCCUAUUAUGUCUUAUAUAUGUGAUCAAGUAACCAAGACAAGGACAGUAUAUAAGUUGAGCAGAAAUGACUGACUCCCAAAUAACUUUACUGGAAGUAGCAACUUAAUGAGAUAAAUUAAUUCGUGUGGUAAAAUCGUGUAUACCUAUAAAUAGUUUUAUAUCUAGAUUCCUUCCUUUUAUGUAAGUUUAGCCAAAAAAAGAAAGACCGAAGACUAUAUUUUCUUAUACUGCAAUAUCAAAACGAAUCUAUCAAGUAUAUCCAUAAUAUACUCAGCAUCAUAUUUUUAUCCGAUGGACAAUGGUUUAUAGAUCGACAUAAAGUAUUUGAUAGAUUAUUGAGUUUGCCAAUAUUUCAAGUUGCUACAAACAAUUUCAGACUGAUCUACACUUAACAUAGAUCUGAUAUAAAGAUUUAUAAAGGCUUAUGGAGAAUGGAAUUGACGUUUGUUCCCUUAACUAUAGUGCUUGUGUAUAUAAAACGUUUCUUUUUUUAAUUUAUAUUUUAAUUUAUUGAAGUAAAUGUGUGUAUUAUAAUUCUUGUUAGAUUUUUAAUGCUUUGUUCAAUUUUAUGAGAAAUAAAACAAAAAUGUUAAAUUGUGUUUAAAGCCUUCGCAGUUUAGCUGAUGUUUCUGCCACAUUUGUAAUCCACCGAACGUACUUCAUCUGUAGUGCUGUCCAAACCCUUUUGUUGGACCUUAUUGGAUGAAUGUGAAGCAGUCAGAUUUGUUGUGGCGAAAAAUAAGCUAACGGCGAAUCCUUUCAGCUUGAGCUCUAUUCGAUGUCUCUUGCUCAUUAUCUUGCCUUCUUCAACGAAAUGAGUUACACCGGUGGUACUAGUGGUAUUAGACAUAAAAUAUAUUUUUAAUAUUGAGUAAAAUUGUUAUUAUUAAAGAGGUUGUAAUUAAGAUUACGGUUCUUCAACUGCGGUUUAUUUUCUUAAAUAGUAUAAAUGUAGAUGUCAAAUCAUAUCAGAAAUUCCUGGAUAAUUGAGGUAACCACAUUAAAUCUUUCUUUAUUUAUGAAUAGGGUUUCUUAACGGAAUUGAGUGAGCAUAGACUUGAUUAUCUAAGCAAUAUUUUAAAACACUAAUGACGGAAUUUGAGUAAAUAUAGACCUGAUAAUCCAAGCAAUAUUUUACACUAAGUAAUUCUGUUGUCGGCAUUUUUAUAAUUGGGUUAUAUUUUGACAACAUAGUUACAGGGUAAAUUGUACUUUCAAAGUCGGCAAUGCCCCUUUAACUUCUUAAAAAGUUUUAUUGAAAUAUCAACAAGAUGAUAAGUAAUAUAAUUAAUAGCCGGGUUUUGUUUCAUAACAUAUACUAUUAUAUUUUAAAGUAUUAGCUCAAAUGUAUUUAAAUUUUAGAAUAUUAGGCUCAAAGUAUUAAAAACGGAAUCUCAGUUUCUUUAUGGGUAUUAUACUAGUCUUAUAUAGAAUAUUGUUAGUUGGUUGGUUAAAACGGGUAUGAAAUGUACACAAUGAUAAAAUCAGACUCAGACGGCUCAAUUAAUAAUUUAGACAUUACCAUUACUUUAUAGAUAAACACGUAGAUAAAAUAUUUAGAAUUGAUAUUUAUAAAAAAAAUAAAAUAUAUGUACUUUGGCACCAACAAAACUCUUCUUAUAUUCAGACUUUAGAAUACUUGACAUUCAAGAUAAAUUAAUAAUUCAUACUUGAUUCAGCGAUAUAUUAUUUAUGUUUCUAUAAGCUUUGGGAAUAAUUUCACGGAUGUAAAAGUUAUUGUGAUAUCUUAAUGAACAAAACUAUGUUUAUAAUUUCGAUUAGUUUAGAAUAUCGAGAUCUAGAAUGGAAUUAUUUUCUUAUAUUCCAAUAAAUACAUUAGUUUUAUUAAUCAUGAUUGUCUGAAAUAUAAUAUAUAUUAUACUGGAAGCUACAUAUCUAGCCCACGGAAAUCAAUUUAAUUGUACAAUUUAAGAAUACAUAAUAUCUAAUUUUAAAAAUAAUUGUAUUAUUUUACAUAUUUUAUUAUUUAACUAACAAGGGUGAUGUAAUGUAAUUUCAAAUUUAUAAUUUUCUUCCUAGAUUUUUUUCAAAACGAACAUAUCAGCUUCAGUACUUUCUAUGCAAAUUUAUAAUAAAAAAAACAUUAAUGUAAGAGAAAUUGGAAUUACCGUAGCUUCUUAAUUUGAAAUAAAUUUUAUGCUAUCUUAUGUAAAUUAGCUAGAAUAUUAAUUAGUAAAGUAUUAAUUGCUGUAAUGUAUUUUCCCUUUGAUGAAAUAUUAUUAAUUUCUUGGUAGAUAAAGAUAAGAAGAAUGUAUGUUAUUGAAGAUAAAAAAUAAUGUCGGUAUAAUUAUAAAGGUUAUGUCGGUAUAAUAUAAAUUUAAAUGAAGUAUAUUAUACUGGCUGCCUGAUCGAUUAUUGUUUAACGAAUAGGGCUGAUUAUAUGAUAUUAUUAUUAUAGUAAAUCUUUAGGGUUCGUUAAAUAAAGUAACAAUGAAAACCCUUAA